AGCAAAGUUAAACUCGAUGUCAUCAAGCCUUGGAUCACUACAAAGAUAACGCAAAUUUUAGGCAUGGAGGACGACGUGCUGGUAGAAUUUGUGUAUAAUCAACUGGAAGAAAAGUAUAAGUAGAGACCGUUGGUGGGGCUCAACCCUAUUGUCCAAAUGGCAUUCGGAUGUGCUCCUCUCUGCAUCCGAUUGGCUGCCUUUCUAUCAGCCGUCAACGCUAGCUGACGCCAGCUGGUAUGUCCACGUCAUCUUAGAACCACUGCUGAAACUUCAGCCUCAGCAGUUCGUCCACCGUCGGCUCAUCGUCACCGGAGUAUCUGCGUACACGCAAUAAUCACGCCGCAUCGUGCUGUUCUCUGCGCUUCUCAACUUUAUACGGAGCUCUGCCCGGGCGUCUUCUACCGUUCUGCAGAUGUCUUCGUAGCUGUAGUCGUGUCGUCUGCUAGCUGCACCCUCCGUCAUCUUCUCCUGCACACAACUGCCUCGUUCGAGGUGGUUACGCGCCAAGAUUGCAACGGCGAAAGCUCUGUCACAGCUUUCGAACAUCGACCAUCAGCUGGCGUCCGGCAGUUUCGUGUUCGAGCAAGGAGAAACCAUCGCCACCCGUCCGCCUCGGUGCCUAUGCUCAUCGUGCAAGGACAUCGACGCAGCUGACGUCCGGGAUACAUGUUGGCUGGCUCCGUUCGUCGUGCUUACCGUACCAACCCCGAAGAUCCAAGCAUCUUACCAUCGUGCAGGUCUGUUCGCUGACUCAUGAUUCUUCGGAUACGGGGUCAAUCACAGACGCGAUUGACUCGUGGACCACGUCCCGGAGGUAUCUCUACUCGGUUUGACACUUUGUCAACGUCACAGUUCCCGGACCCCCGGAAAAUGCAGCUCAACCUCACGGGUUUUCUGAACGGCAGAAAUGCCCGAUCAUUCAUGGGCGAAUUAUGGGACCUUUUGGCCUCCGCUCAAGAGAGCGUAACGGGUAUCCCAGAGGCUUUCUUACAACAAAAGAAAGAUCAGAUUAAAAAACGUUUGGAGGAGCAAGAGAAACUCCAAGCUUCUUUGGCGGAAAAGGAGAAGGAGAAGGAGAGGGAGAAAGAGAAGGAUGAAGCAGAGAAUAAGAUAAAAAAGGAAGACAAAGAACGCGGUUCGUCGAAGGAGCGCAGAAGAGACAGAAGCAGAGAUCGCGAUAGGGACAGAAGUAAGAGAAGUCGAUCGAGAGAUCGACACAGAGACCGCGAUAGAUCGAGUCGCAAGCGACGGUCAUCUUCGAGAUCGCCUAGCAAAAAUUCUCUUAAGGAUAACGGAAAGGAUAUGCCGGAAGUUAAAGUCGAACGUGAGGAUUCGCCUCAACCUGAGAAUGCUAUACCACUGAUGCCCAUUAAAACUAAACCGGAAGCUGCUGUCGCGAUAUCUCGGCUACAAGCUAAAUUAAUGAGCAUAGCCGACGGGAAAAAGAAAAACAAUCGUACUCCAUCCCCAGAAUCUCUGGACAAAGCUAAGAAAUCUAGAUCUAGAUCAAAAUCCCCUAUAAGCCAUUCUAAGAAAUCGAGAUCCAAAUCGCCGAGUCGAGAUUCGAAAACACGACGGUCUCGAUCGCCCGCGUCUAAAUCGAGACGAUCUCGCUCCAAGUCAAGAUCGAGACGAUCGAGAUCCAGAUCGAAAUCCCGAAGAUCGAAGUCCAGGUCCCAGGAUCGCUCGAAAUCGAGACGCACGAAGUCGAAGUCGCCGAAGUCGCGUUCGAGAUCUCGUUCGCGAUCGAAGAAGUCGAGAUCGAAGAGCAACGACAGAAGUAAGUCCAGAAAGUCGAGGUCCGAUUCGAGCGAUUCCAGGUCGUCGAAAUCUCGUUCGAAGUCGCCCGAUAAGAGAAAGGAUAAUCUCGAUUCCAACAGGAAACGGGACGCGAGCACGAGCAGUAGCUCCGAGUCCGAGGAAGAGAAAGGGGCGAAAGAUAAGAACGAUUUUGAGAUCAGGAAGAAGAAGGAUGGAGUGCAGGCGAAAAGGUCGUACAGAAAGACAAAUAAAGACGACAGCGGUAGCGAGAGUGACUCGAGCCGGGAGAGGAAAUCUGUGCCUAAACGAAGAAGCCCUACGCCGCGGAAAGACAGAGGUCGAUCCAAGGACAGAGACAGAUCGCGAGAUAGGUCACGGGAUAGAUCACGAGAUAGGUCGCGCGAUCGAUCUCGAGAUAGGAACAGAAGGAGAUCCAUAGAUAGAGAACGAGAAAGAAGACGAGAACGAGAACGGGAAAGAGAACGUGAGAGAAUAGACAGAUACAGCGGUAGUCGCAGUAUGCGACCGCCAUCAGUGCGCAGAGCACCCAGCAGGCGAAGGAGUCCUCCUCGUAGAAGCCCUGCACGGUAUCGUCGCAGAUCGCCCAGUCCUGGUGAUAGACGCAGACGCAGAUCUCUAGAUCGCAGACGAAGAUCGUCGGAGAGGCGUGACAGGCGUCGAUCCCCCGAUCGUCGCGACAGCAGACGUCGUUCGCCAGACGGACGGGAUCGAUCCCUCAGGUACGAUAGAUCUUCCUCUCGCGACAGAUCGAGUAGGCGAGACCGUUCCAGAGACAGAGACAGAAGGGACAGAGAUCGAAGAUCUAGAUCCAAGGAUCGUAGAUCAAGAUCGAAAGAUCACAGAUCGUCGGCGGAUCGUUCAAGAGAUGAAAAACGAUCGCCCGAUCGCUCGAAGGAUUCCAAGGACAAGACCAAGGACAAGAAGGUGGACGAGAAAAUUAAAAAGUCGGCCGAGACAGGAUCGCGAAAAGAGUUGCGAAAUGGAAGGUCUAAGUCAAGUAGCUCGGAAAGUAGCGAAAGUAGUUCCUCUAGCAAUGAGGAUGAAGCGAUCAGAAAAUCGCUUGAGCGGAAAUCGUCUCAAGAGAAACGUGACCGCGAAAGGGAACGAGAACACGUGGACGACAAACGUAAGGAAAAAGAGAAGACUGUUAAAGAGGAGCCGAUCAAACGUCCCGAGAAGGAUGCUAAAAAAACUGAAACUACAUCCAUCAAGAAACCAGAACCUAGCGUUUCCCCUAAGAAACUUCAACCUUCGGUGCUACCUGUAACCAGGCACAGAUUUUCAAAGAGCUUGUCCCGAACACCCUCGCCGUUUAAAAAGACUGAAGAUAUUAUAGCCGCAGUUAAAGUUAAACAACCUUUAAAAGAAGAUAAUAAGGAAGAAUCACCGAAGGAAGAGUCGAGUUUCUCGUCCGGAGAUGCCUUCCCAUUAAAGAAGGACGACAAGUCGAUAAAGUCCAUUAAGACAGUGACGGAAGACAAGAAGUCUGGUCAAAAGACGUCGGAGCCGGUCUUGUUAAAAAAAUCGGUAGAGGUGAUCAAAAAGUCGAAGAGAGAAAAACGUGAUGGUUCUACGGAUUCGAACGACAGUGAAAGUGAAGGCAAGAAAAAGCCACGAAAAUUAGAGAAGUCGAGAAAAUCCCGGAAAGCUUCUACGGACGACGAGAAAUCGGACAAAGGUGCAUCUAGCUCGGACUCCGAAGAGGAAAGAAAACACGUGGAGAAAAGCAAAAAGACUAGAGAGUCGAGUCGAGGAGGUUCGUUAGACGACCGUACCAAGGACAGAAAAGAUAACAGAAAGCGGGACACUAAUGAAAACGAAACUCGCAAACGAUCGAAGAAAGAAUUGGAAGAAGAAACCAAGAAAUCGAAGAGAUCUAGGAAGGAUUCUUCCUCGGGCGAUGAAGAUCAAAAAACAAAAAGGAGCAAAAGCGAAGAUAGAUCCAGAUCACGAAAGUCUAAGAAGGAUUCUAGCUCGGACGAUGAGCCGAAAAAGACACGGAAACGAAGAGAUAGCUCUUCGGAGGACGAGAAGUCAAGGACAAGGAAGUCGAGGAAAGACUCCACGAGCGAGGAUGAAGGGAAAACACGGCUAAAAAAAUCUAAACGAGAUUCUAGUACGGACGACGAUGACGCGGGGGAGAAAGAUGCAAAGAAAAAGAGGAAAGUAGAUGACAGUUCAGACGAGGAGAAAGUGAAAAAGAAACGUAAAAAGAAGACCAAAACUAGCACCAGUGAAUCGGAGGAAAGCGAAGUAGAGGAGAAGAAGAAGAAGAAGGAUAAAAAACACAAGAAACAUAAGAAGCAUAAGAAACAUAGAAAGCACAAAAAGAAGAAGGUUGCGGACUCUGACGAAUCAGACGUAAGUGAAGGUAAUACUGAGGAACUGGAGAAAAAAUUGCGGGAAAAGGCAUUAAAAUCAAUGAAAAAAGGACAUAGUAUAGAAAGAAGUGAUUGAGAAUUUGUGUGAAUUAUCAUGGAGGGUGUGUAACGUGUGUAUACCUCUGUAUUGUUCGAACUGUAUCAAGGAUUCAUUUUUGUUUAUAAUUGAACAUGAUAGGAUUUAAUCGUAUCGCGAUACCUGCUUGUGCAAAACUUACA